AAUGCUAUGAUUAUUAUGAAAACCGCAAAGUCACAGACAGCGACUGCAAUGAGUGACAAGGAGAAUGGAGGAAAAAAUAAAACCUGUACAGAUGAUGGUGCUGAGCAGUCACCCUCGCUGCAACCUGCAGCCAAGUUCAUGGAACUGCGCAGAUGCAUACCAUUUAUCAAAGAGGUGGCCAACAAUUCUGGACGCUAUCUGACUGCCGAAAAAUAUUCAAAGCUUUUAACCUUACAGCAUCUAUUGGAGAAUCAUUCAACACCUGAAGAUUUUUUUCGUCGAUACCCUGUGGACUUGUUAGCCAAAAUUGAGAGUAUUAUUAUUAAAUUGAAGAAAAGCUAUAAUGCGCAAAAUAAAACGCCUGACGGGACUGUCAUCGUCUUGGAUGACGACGAGGAUGAUACAAAUGCAGAGCCUACCAGCAGCAACGGGCAACAGUCAACAACAUCCGAGCCAUCUGAUAAGACCAGCUCCGCUUAGCAACCGGAGCCGCAGCAGUCGAAUGGCGAAGCUCCUGAAUCAAUAACAACCAGACAUGAAGCCAUAAUACCUUUAACUAUAGAAAAAAAUGAAAACAGCUUACACUGGACAUACGAAAUUAUCAUUGCCUGCGCAAACUUUGGACAAGUAAGUGAAUUGCC